AUGGUGCCGACGCAAGGUUCCAUCCGACCUUCCAUCCAGGGGAAUCCGCAAACCCUGUGCACACGGCACAGCGCACAGGGCCCCAUCACCUGGUUUAGCCCGCCGGUUGAGACGGUUGCCCGGGGUGUGGCCGCUGAGCAGAGCCCAGCUACGUGGAGCCACAGGUGAGAGUUGAGUGCCAGCAAGUGGACGCUAGGCGCAGUCUCACCUGCAGGCAAGUGAGCGACCACCACGACCAUUACGAGAACCCACCGCUGACACCCCUACACCCCAAACCCGCACCUAAGUAUACUACCACACUCCCUGGUUCAAAAAACAAACACUUGACCAGGAUUUUAAACAACAAAGAAAAUGAGCGACGGCCCGGAUCUCAAUUGGCACGGAGUGAACCUGCAACUGGGCAUGCCACCGCAUCCAGAAUGUUGACAUUUGUUAUGUAUGCACAUUCCCGAUAAAGCCUGCCAGAUACCGAUAUAGCCCCUGUGUCGGUCCAGCUUAUCUACUUCGCGGCUCGUUUUAGGGGACUAACUAACAACACACGCUCUAGCGUAAACGGAAGCGACGGUGAAAAAACAUCGACUUAACGAAAACUGAAAAAGUACGAAGCUGCAGAAUGUUUAGAAAAGGGACUGACCACAACAGAUAAAAUGGUGGAACGCUGGAAUUUGUUGCAAGACCAUCUGUAGUACGCGGAGAGCCUAAUCUGGUGUCCAAUUCGAAUGCGUCCAUGCUUUUAAGCGCUGUCCUCAUCUGAGUAAAUUUUAACCAUUCUCGUGAGUCUUGCUCGGUGAAUCAAGAUCAUUGAAGUUGUUUGUUUCUCGUAAAAGGCGAUGACAAGUGGCGGAUUCCACAAUAGCAGAAUAAGGUAGAGAUAAUUAAAGCUGGACGUAGCACGGUGGCUGGCCAUGUACACAGCGUUCAUUCUUGUUUAAGUUUGGUGAAACAGUGUUGCCCGUUCUAGGGACCCAUGGUAGCGAGACAUUAAUGCGUUUGAUCCAUACUGGUAUAGAUGAAAGGCUGCGUCCUAGAAAGGCAUAAACUUGUGGACGUUCUAGUUCUUCCAUCAAGGUAACUAAGUGUUAUGCACACUUGAAAGAGCACAAAGGCAGCAAGAUGAAAACCUCACUGAAUGAGAAACAUCAGUGGUCUCGAGGACUACGUGUGCACUGUCCCGACGUCUAAAAAUUCAGGAGGGCUUUCGCUUUCGAGAGAGAGAGAGAGAGAUCAGGACUGCACUUGUGUGCAUGUAGAAGGUGGGCUACGCCGACGCAGCGCUGAUCCCAGUGUCAUCCGUAAACAGUCACAAAGGGGAAAAGAUACUUUUUGGAGGGACAGAUACUCUUUGUUCCCUUUCGUCACACUCAACUUCAGGACAACUGCGAUGGGUGGAAGCGGUCAUCUCUAAAGCCCGCACAGAUUCUACUUGCCAUCCUAGUGUCAUUACUGUUGUCGGUGGGGUGCAAGGGUGUCCAGUUUUGGGGUCCGCGUGAAGGUCGUAGUAUGUCGCUCAUUUGCUUGCAAGUGUUGACUACACCUAGCGUCCAAUAACUGGCACCCAACUCUCGCAUGUGGCUCACCGAAACUAGGCCCUGCCUAGCGGCCACACUCUGGUAACAGCCUCGACCGGUCGGCCAAACCAGGCGAGGCUAUCCGUGUGUGUAUCUCCACGCACGGCAAUUCCGCCCUCCUCCUCCGCUGGAGAGUAGUGCUGGGUCCCCAUUGUCUCGACAGCUCCAACGACAAUGGUCUGCUCCCCCUACGAACCUGCGCAGAACACCGGCUCACCCUGACCAACACCUACUUUCUCCUCCCGAUGCGAGAGAAGGCCACCUGAAUGCACUCGCGGUCGUGACGCUGGCGCCUGCUGGACUUUGUCCUCGUCCGAAAGCGAGACCAGCGGAACGUGCUGGUGACAAAGGCAAUUCCGGGUGCUAACGCGUGGGCAGACCAUCGUCUCGUCAUCUCCAAGAUGCGGAUUCGCCUACAGCCUCGCAGGAGACCUCGAGGUAAGCCAUCCCAGGUAAGCUGAAUAUUGCUUUGUUGUCUUUGCUUGCUCCCCGUUUGCAUUUCAGUCAUCACCUGACCCAGCGGCUGGAAGAACUGUCAGCCGCAGAUGAAAACGCCUCUGUGGAGACUCGAGGGUGCCGACUACAGGACAUCAUUCAUUCGACCUCUCUGACUGUCCUCAGCCGCGUGCGUCGCCCGCACCAGGACUUGUCCGACGGCAACGACGCAGCCAUCAGUAACCUGCUGUCCGAGAAGAAAGUGCUGUACAGAGCCUACUUCGACCGUUCAACCGACGCGGACAAAGCGCCUUCUGCCAAUAUCGUCGCCUUGCGCAGCAGCGGUGGCGAAAAAUACAGGACUCCUGGAUAG